AUUCCAAGUUGCAGCUCCGGAAACGAGGUCGAAUGAGCCGUAGCAGUUCUUCCACCGAGAAGUGGAGAAAGAAAGAGCUCAGCAAUUGAUAAAGAAGAAAAAAAAUGAGAAGACUGAAUCGAACGCUUAUUUGGUGGAUCAAUUCGUCAAGACAACUUCAAGUAGCAAAAUCAAAUGCCAAUCCUUAUAAUCAAAGAUCGUUUCUUCUACCCGAAAUUGUCAACAGUUCUCUCUCUUUUUCUCGCUAUUAUUCCACCGAGGUGCAACCUCAGCUUUCAACUGACCUUCUUAAAAUCAUGGAGCAAAGAUUAUCUGCUAUUGAGCAUAGGAGUGCUUAUCUCGAGAAUCUCAUGACCCAGCCAGAAGCCUCACCGGUAGAAUAUUCGAAGGCUAACAAAGAGCUUCGAAAACUUAAGGACUCAAUGGAACUUAUCAAUGAGCUGAGAACCAAACAGAAGGAGAUAGAUGGUUUGAGGUCAUUGAUGACUGUGCCCGAUGAUAAAGACAUGCUUGAUAUGGCAACUGAGGAUUUGGGUCAGGCUUUGGAAGAAGAGAAAAGGCUGCAAAUGCUGCUCAGGUUGUUACUUCCUAGGGAUGAUGCUGAUGAGAGGGACUGCAUUUUGGAGGUGAGAGCAGGAACUGGUGGGGAGGAGGCUUCCUUGUUUGCAAUGGAUGUGCUUAAAAUGUAUGAGAGGUACUCACAUAAGAAGGGUUGGAAGUUUGAAGUGGUAGAUAUAACAGAGUCUGAUCUGAAAGGAUAUAAGGAAGCUAGUGCAGCAAUCUCAGGAGCUGGUGUUUAUGGGAAACUUAAAUUUGAGAGUGGAAUUCACAGAGUUCAGCGUGUUCCUGUGACAGAGAAGUCUGGACGUAUCCACACUAGUGCUGUAUCAGUUGCUAUUCUCCCUCAGGCUGAUGAGGUAGAUGUCCAGUUAAGGAAUGAAGAUUUGAGAAUUGAUACCUACAGGUCUGGUGGUUCUGGUGGACAACAUGCAAACACCACCAACAGUGCUGUUAGAGUCACUCAUUUGCUCACUGGUAUAACAGUAUCUAUACAGGAUGAACGAACGCAGCAUAUGAACAAAGCCAAAGCACUUAAGGUGCUUUGUGCAAAGCUGUAUGAAAUGGAGAGGUCUAGGAUUCAGAUGAGUCGAUCAAAACUUAGAUCUGAACAGAUUGGUAGUGGGGACAGAUCUGAGCGCAUUCGAACCUAUAACUUUCCUCAAGGGCGUGUCACUGAUCAUCGUGUUGGCAUCACGUAUCAUGAGAUAGAUGAUGUGAUGCAGGGAGAGAAUCUGGAUAUCUUUGUUGAUGCUCUUCUUUUGCAACAGGAAAUGGAUGCAAUUGCAUCGUUCAGGUCUGCUCAAUGACCUUGUUUUGGUGGUCGUGGUGUAUGGCAAGUUGCAGAUUUUUUUUUUCCAUUAAACAUCAUUUUCUGGCAUGAAAGUGGUUGGAUUUCACGUUAUACUUCUUGGCUUAUUAUUUUUUCUUCUCUUGCAAUUUGGACCUGUAGAAUAUUCUACUCCUUAUUGGGAAUGCAUGUGUUAACACAGAGAGGCCGUUAUACUUCCA